AUGUCAGUUGAAGAAUUGAAAGAGACAGUAGCUAAGUUGCACGACAGAAUCCAGCAAUUGGAAAAGAAAAUUGGCAUUGUCCCAACAGGCGCAGGGCCAGAUUUCGCUAAACAGUUGAGAUUGGUGUUGAUCGGAGCGCCCGGCUCAGGUAAAGGCACUCAGUCCACGGACCUCAAGGACAAAUUCUGCGCUUGCCAUUUGGCUACUGGAGACAUGUUGCGUUCGCAAGUUAAACAAGGCACGCCGUUGGGAUUGGAGGCCAAGAAGAUUAUGGACCAAGGCGGAUUGGUCAACGACGAAAUCAUGAUCAACAUGAUCAAGUCGGAGUUGGAAAGCAACAAGGACUGCAAAAAGGGCUUUAUCUUGGACGGGUUCCCCAGAACUAUCCCUCAAGCCGAGAAAUUGGACUCGAUGUUGCAAGAGAGAAAAACUCCUCUUGAAAAUGCCAUUGAGUUGAAAAUCGACGACGAGUUGUUGGUUGAUAGAAUCACCGGCAGAUUGGUCCAUCCUGCUUCAGGCAGAUCCUACCACAAGAUCUUUUCGCCACCAAAGAAGGAAAUGACCGACGACAUCACGGGCGAGCCUUUGAUUCAGAGAUCGGACGACAAUGAGGCUGCUUUGAAAAAGAGAUUGGUGACUUAUCACGCGCAAACGGAGCCAAUUGUGGAGUACUACAAAAAGACUGGCAUCUGGCUGGGCAUUGAUGCUUCUCAAAAGCCUGCCAAGGUCUGGGGAGACAUUUUGAAAUGUUUGGGCCAGUAG